CUACUCUGUCUGCUCGUAGCAGGAGGAGAAGAAGAAGAAGAAGGAGGGAGACUGGAGAUAAACACCAUGCUGCCGUGCUCUAACUUUAAUUUCACACGUAGAAAAUUUCCCGUACGCAGACAGUGCUAGUGUGUUGCCUCUCCCUGUGGACUUUAUUGGAUAUUUCCGGACUCUUCUUCUUCAUAUUGAAAAUCCCAGCUUCUAUAAGGACAACUGAAGAUUCUACCAUUCAUCAUGUUGCAAAGCUUCGCUCAGUCGCAGGACUGGCUUUACUCUGAGCCGCUGCUAUUUGACGAUGAUUUCUGCCAGAGUUUGAUGAAGGACCUCCAGUCUUUGCCGACACCUCCUCAGUCCCCCCCAAUGAAGCCCGGAGUCGGCGGCAGUAAGCCCCUGUCCAAGGAGGACCAGCUGAGCUACGUGUCGGACAUCCUGCUGGAGGAUCACGACAUGCAGCUCAACUGGAACUGCGACUUCUUCCACUCGGGCGCCACAGAGAAGGAGGGCGAGCCCAGCCAGCCGUGCUCCCCGUUGGAGGAGAGCGGGGAGGACUGUCUGUGGCAGUGCCUCGCGUCCGACAAGAGCCUGGAGGAGAAGCUGGUCUCCACCAUGCUCGGCUCCAGCCCGCUGCUGUCUGAAAUCAACACCAACAUCUUUGAGGAGAUCGCCGGCUCCACACUCGACUGCCAGAACCUGAUGGCCACUCAGGAGACGAGCGAGUCCACGUCAGACUACGGCUCCACCGGAGGAGAGUUUUCUACGUAUUCAUCCAGUGACUCUGAGGAGGAGAUUGAUGUGGUCACGGUGGUGCGCUGUCCCUCCAGCCCCUCCUCAUUGGCCGCCCUGUCCGCCCGUCAGCAGAAGAAGGAAGAGGAGCAGAGGGCUCUUCAGCGCCACCACUUCGAGAUCCAGCUGCAGCACAACUACGCCGCGCCGUGUCCCGCCUCGCCGCCACCUGCAUCCUCGUCCACCAAGCGCACGAGAGGGAGCGAAAGCUCGUCGCGCUUCCACCACUCCUCUUCCCGCAGCUCGUCUUCCUCGUCCUCCUCGUCGCGGUACCAUCACCACCACAGCCACCACCACCACCACUCCUCGUCCAAAAAUUCAACAGAGACGGAGGACGAGGAGGAGCGGAGGAGGACGCACAACGUGAUGGAGCGUCAGCGGCGGAACGAGCUGAAGAACUGCUUCAUGCGCCUGCGAGAUAACGUUCCCGAGCUGUCGCACAACGACAAGGCGUCCAAGGUCGUGAUCCUGAAGAAGGCAAGGGACUGCAUCUACGGCCUGGAAGACGAAGGCCACAGACUGCAAUCCAAGAGGGACAGACUCAGAGCGAAACAGGAAGAGCUGAAAGCGCGACUGGAGCAGCUCCGCAGCUAAUGGACCAAUCACAGGCUGCGUUUUCGAGCUGUUGAGAGACUUUUCGGGGGGCGGGGCGGGGAAGGGAAAAGACUUUGUACAAAGAGGGUGGAUAGGAAAGGUGGCGUUUCAUGCUAAAAAGAGCGCACAAGUUUUCAAGACAUUUCAAGGACUUAAUGGUGACCAUAACUUCUUCUGGACUGUAUAGACUCAACAGUUGCCAUAGAAACACACUCAUUGCCUCAGAUUUGAUCAUUCUCAUGCCUUGACUGCUGACUGUUGUAGAGCGUAGGAUUUAAAAAAAAAAAAAAAAAAAAAAAGUUGAAACGAGAAUGAAGAGAGCAGAUAUUUUUUACUUUCGUCGGGCUGGACGCACUCUGAAGGGCUAAUCCCCUCCCAUUUUUCGCCAAAUGGCAACGGGUGCAAGUAGAGUCAAAUAACCGUCGGCCACAUCAGCUCAGUAGUUGAAUGAAACUUGAAUAAUGUGUUUUCAGGACGUCUUAUAGCCAUACUAACCAGUGAUCCCUCCACUCUGACCCGCGUGUGAUGAUGGCCCUCGAGUUAUUUCUUCAACUUCAUCCUCAUUUGAUUCCAGUUUAAUUCCAAAUCUGAUGUUUUUUUAAUUUUAUUUUCUACGAUCAGGAAAAAGAGGUUUUCAGUGCGCGUCCAGCCCCGUUUGGCUUCAGGCGUACCUCGAGGCCCAACACCACUCUGUUAUCAGGUUUAAUGUGUGUUAAAGACAUUACUGUAUAGACCAGGUUCGAUACUGUAUGAAUACCAAUGCUCAGCCUCUGUUCAGUCCAUCACCGGCUCACGCCUCAGUGUGUGUGUGUGUGUGUGUGUGUGUGUGUGUGUGUGUGUGUGUGUGUGUGUGAGAGAGUGUGUUCCCAAGUGGGGAAGUAUAACUCACUGUGUGAUUAAAGUGUGCGUCAUGAAUCAAUGUCCCAAGCUCUAAAGUAGCCAUAUUAAAAAAACAGCAUUCAGGUUCUGAGGAGGCUGAAACUGGACGGUGGACUGAACAGCGAGCUGCGCUAAAGUAGCAAAAUCAGCCAAAGUCGGUGCGGAUAAGAAAAAAAAAAACCUCUGGACAACGUUUUGCAUGUUUUACAGAGUGACAGGCGGAGAUUUUAUUGAAAGGUGUCUGGUUUGGAGACGGCUGCAGCAGCCAGCAGAAGCAGCAAAUACUGUGACAUUUAGUUCCUUUGCUCCAAAAUUUUAAAAAAAGAAGCAAUUUUUCUAAGUGUAAAAUUAACUUUUUCAUGAUGUGUGACUACAAACCCAGACGAGUUUCCUCCAGUGUAACAGUGAUUGAUUACUCAGUGGCCCUAGCUUCUCAAAUGUUCUCGAUUCUCUUUGGGAUUGUCUCUAAACUUUUCUUUUUAAAUGAACGACCUUUUCUUUGUGCACACCCGCAAAUGAAACAGGUUGAAUCUCCUGAAUGUAAGGAGCGGUUUUAUAUGAACUCAUGUUAAAAAAGAUCUGAAAAUGAAAUCAUGUGACUUGACAUACCCGAGGGCCACUGACUAAAUAUUUCCCAUUUGUAAAGAUCGACGACCCCUCGCGUCGUGCCAUUUUGUGCCCCGUUAUUAAGCUGUUUGUAUUGGUCACAGGGAUGCAAAAUAGGCGCCGGAGAACUCAGUUUAACCAAGUGAUAUUAAAGGUUGUUAAUAUUUAAAGUUGGUGGUAUCUAUUGAAAUGUAAACUCGUACGCGUUCACCAGGAGCCUGUUGUGUCCUCGAGCUAUCAGGUGUUUGGUUGAGCUUGUACUUUGGGCUGGAUCUGAAGUGUGAAAAUAACCAAUAUUGCCAAUAUUAUCCAUUUAAUGUGCUGUUUGUAAUGAAAUGUGCAAAUGGAAAAGAAAUGUUUUCUCAUUUGUGUCAAAUGUCUUAAAAGUGCAUCCUGAAUAUUAUAACGUUUUAUUUUGAAAUCAUAAGAGUUCUUCCUCUUCAGUCUGGCUGUACUUGAACAGACCCGCUUCGUUGGGAGUAAAGAGAGUGGAGGUGUUUUUUUUGGUGUUUUAUGGUAAAAACCUGUUCUGCCUUGAAAUGUGUUCUGUUCAGGACUCCUCGUUUCGUUCGGUCGGUCACGUCGGCGUCUUGUUAAAACCUCAAUGUCUUCCAGCGAGAGCUAGAUCCCGUUUUUGUAGCUUCUAGGCUUUUUUCUUCCAGAUGUCUUCACCUUUUUUUUUUUGUAGUCCGAUACCGCCAUCUUUUUCUAAAUGUCCGGAGGUUUUAACAAGACAGAAGGCGUGACUUAGUUGUAUUUUUAUUCUUAGCAUGAUAAAACCUACCUCCACCUGGCUGCAGUCUGGCCUGUAAUGUUUUUUUUUUUGUAUAGAUUUAUUUGUUAUGAAAAUGUAAAUAUUUUUGUUAUUGUAUCAUAAAUUAUUUUUGACUUUUUUUUUUCUUUGUUCAUUUGAAUUUGAGGAUUUUAAAGAAAUCUUAUUCUUUACCAAGCAGCACUUUUUUUAUUGAUGUAAUUAAAGAUUGAAUGAGA